GUAGCGUCCCCUCCGCCGCCACUGCAGGAGAGGCGUCCCAGGCUCCAGGCCCCGGGCCCCAGGGCGGGGGCGCGGCGGGCGGGGCAGGAGCGCGGUGCGGGCGCUGCAGGGGUGACCCUCCCCGCGUCGCACUUGGUACGCGCCAGCCGCGAGGCCAGGCCCAGCCCGGGCCGUACAAUAGGGUUGGGCAGUGGCCGCGACUGGGCCGGCGCCGGGCAGGCAGAAGGAUCGAGGCCGGAGCCGACAGACACUGGGCGGCCGGCUACUGCGAGCCCGCAGGCUACCAGCCGAGCCAGCCUCGACCUUCGCCAGAGCUCCCCUAGCCUUCGAGUCGUUGCCCGCCGGGCCGGGCCGGGCGUGAUGCGCCGCGGGACCCCUAUCCUGGCCGCUGGCCGCCGCCGCCGUCGCCGCUGAGACCCCCCCAAGACACCCCCGCACCCCCAGUGACGUCGCAGCCAUGGAGAGCGGCUCACGUUCGGAGCCGGGUACGGGCGCAGCCCCAGCUAUGGCAGCCAGGACCCCUCCAGAGCCAAGACCCUCCCCAGAAGGUGACCCCUCCCCACCGCCGCCACCACCACCGAUGUCAACCCUGGUGCCCGACACUCCCCCAGACACGCCUCCCGCCAUGAAGAACACCACUAGCCCCAAGCAGCUUCCGCUGGAACCAGAGAGCCCCCCGGAGCUAGUAGGGCCUAGGCCAGCCCUCCAGCAAGAAGAGUCCCCUUCCUCCGAAGUGAAGACCAGGGGACCCACCCCACCAGCCACGGGCCCACGGGAUGCCAGGCCUCCUCGAAGGAGCAGCCAGCCAUCCCCGCCAGCAGCACCCGCCUCCGACAGCCCUCCCACCAAGCAAGACGUAAAGAAGGCAGGAGAGAGACACAAGCUGGCAAAGGAACGGCGGGAAGAGCGGGCCAAGUACCUGGCGGCCAAGAAGGCGGUGUGGCUGGAGAAGGAGGAGAAGGCUAAGGCACUGCGGGAGAAGCAGCUCCAGGAGCGCCGGCGGCGGCUGGAGGAGCAGCGGCUCAAAGCCGAGCAGCGCCGGGCUGCCCUGGAGGAGCGACAGCGGCAGAAGCUGGAGAAAAACAAGGAGCGCUAUGAGGCAGCCAUCCAGCGGUCAGUGAAGAAGACGUGGGCUGAAAUCCGGCAGCAGCGCUGGUCCUGGGCAGGGGCCCUGCACCACAGCUCCCCAGGACGUAAGACCAGUGGGAGCAGGUGCUCCGUGUCGGCAGUAAACCUGCCCAAACACGUGGACUCUAUAAUCAACAAGCGGCUCUCAAAGUCCUCUGCCACGCUCUGGAACUCCCCCAGUAGAAAUCGCAGCCUGCAGCUCAGUCCGUGGGAGAGCAGCAUCGUGGACCGUCUGAUGACGCCCACCCUCUCCUUCCUGGCACGGAGUCGCAGUGCAGUCACACUGCCCCGAAACGGCCGGGACCAGGGUAGGGGCCGCGCCCCUGGGAGAGCCCCCUCGAGGGGCGGGGCAGGGGCCAGCCACGCCAGUGGACCGCGCCCCGACCGCAGUCAUCCCUCCGCAGCCGUGCCCCUGUGCCCGCGCUCAGCCUCCGCCAGCCCGCUGACGCCGUGCAGCGCCCCCCGAAGCGGGCACCGCUGCGCCCCCGCCUCGGAGCGCGGGGAUCGCCGCAAGGCCAGCGCCGGGGGCAGUCCCGCCCCGGCCCGCCUCCGGCCUGAGGCCUCACCGGUGCAGAAAAAGGAGAAGAAGGACAAGGAGCGGGAAAACGAGAAGGAGAAGAGUGCCCUGGCCCGGGAGCGCAGCCUCAAGAAGCGCCAGUCGCUGCCUGCUUCUCUGCGCCCGCGCCUCUCCACUGGCAACGCGGAGCUCAGUCCCAAAUCCAAGGCCCGGCCAUCCUCUCCCUCCACAACCUGGCACAGGCCUGCCUCCCCCUGCCUCAGCCCAGGGCCAGGUCAUGCUCUGCCCCCAAAACCACCAUCCCCCCGAGGCACCACUGCAUCACCCAAGGGGCGAGUCCGGAGGAAGGACGACGCAAAGGAGAGCCCCAGUGUGGUGGGGCCUGAGGACAAGACCCAGAGCAAGGGCAAGGCCAGUGACGAGAGGGAGCCUGCAGCCCCAGCCUCACCGGCUCCCUCACCUGUGCCCUCACCCACCCCAGCCCAGCCCCAGAAAGAGCAGCCCACAGAGAUCCCUGCAGAGACAGCUGUCCUGACCUCACCCCCAGCCCCUGCUCCCCCGGUGACUCCUAGCAAACCCAUGGCUGGUACCACGGACCGAGAAGAGGCCACUCGGCUCCUGGCUGAGAAGCGGCGCCAGGCCCGGGAGCAGCGGGAGCGCGAGGAACAGGAGCGGAGGCUGCAGGCCGAAAGGGACAAGCGAAUGCGAGAGGAGCAGCUGGCUCGGGAGGCCGAGGCCCGGGCGGAGCGGGAGGCGGAGGCCCGAAGACGGGAGGAGCAGGAGGCUCGGGAGAAGGCGCAGGCCGAGCAGGAGGAGCAGGAGCGGCUGCAGAAGCAGAAAGAGGAGGCCGAAGCUCGGUCCCGAGAAGAAGCGGAGCGGCAGCGUCUGGAGAGGGAAAAGCACUUCCAGCGGGAGGAGCAGGAGCGGCAAGAGCGCAGAAAGCGCCUGGAGGAGAUCAUGAAGAGGACUCGGAAGUCAGAAGCUGCUGAAACCAAGCAGAAGCAGGACAGAAAGGAGGCGACGGCCAACAAUUCCAGCCCAGGGAUAGACCCUGCGAAAGCUGUGGCGGCUCGGCCCGCUGGGCUGCAGAAGGAGGAGCUGCCCCCCCAGGAGCCUCAGUGGAGCCUGCCAAACAAGGAGUCGUCGGGGUCACUGGUGAAUGGGCUGCAGCCUCUGCCAGCGCACCAGGAGAACGGCUUCUCCCCUAAGGGACCCUCUGGGGACAAGAGUCUGGGCCGGACGCCAGAGGCUCUCCUGCCCUUUGCAGAGGCAGAAGCCUUCCUCAAGAAAGCUGUGGUGCAGCCCCCGCAGGUCACAGAAGUCCUUUAAGGGGCUGCCUCGGAUCCAGGCACAGCUAUGAGGGCUCCUCUGCAUCAUCUACCAGGGUGUCUGGAAGAGAAGAAGACAGAACAAAGCCGGAAGUGGCCUGGGCCCCUGCGGGUUGGGUCCUGUCUGUUAUUUUUAAUCUGCACCUUAUAGACUGAUGUCUCUUUGGCUGGAGCCAGACCCUGCCCCUCAGUGCAUUCGUGUGCUCACACGCGCGGACACCCCCCAUACACACACAUACACUCACAGCCUCUCUGGCUUCCUCCCAUGGGGAAGAGCCACCUGUAGUAUUUGCCUUGGUUUGGUGGGGUACAGUGGAUGUGAAUACUGUAAAUAGCUUGUGCUCAGACCCCUCGGCAUGGAGGGGGUGGGUGCAGGAGGCAGACCCUCCCAAGACUCCCUGGGGAGAGCUUCCUCCCUCUAUUUAACUGUAACUGAGGGGGAACCCAGGUCUGGGGAUGGGGGGCACCUUGGGCCACAGGAUAUUGGUUGCUUUAGGGGUACCCGUGCCCCCUGCCCUCGCCUGGAAUCAGUGUUACUGCAUCUGAUCAAAUUUCUCCAGAAAUAAAGUGAGAAUAAUUCUGCCA